AUAGAAGAUGUUCGGGCCAAGGUUUCUGAAACAUCAGCAAAAAAGUAUAAUGAUGUUCUUGAUGCCCAUGAGAAAUCCAAAGAUUUAGAGAAUACAUUAAAAGAUGUAUCAAAAGAACUUCAAAACUUUAACAAAGAAAAAGAAGCUAUUGAAAAGCGACGAACAGUUGCAUUAAAGAAGCACACAGAACUUGAGCUUGAUGUCAAAGACUUGCAAGAGAAGAACUCUGGAAACAUCCGAGCCAAGGAAGAUGCUGCAAGACAACUGGAGAUACUUGAGAAAGAAAUUCAAGAUUCAACCAUUGAACUGGGCAAAAUCAUUCCCUUACAUGAGGAUCAAAUUCAGAAAGAAAAAGACAUUGCCAUGCAAAUAAUGGAGCGUGAAAAGAAACUCAGUAUACUCUAUCAAAAGCAAGGUCGAGCUACCCAGUUUUCAAGUAAAGCUGCUCGUGAUAAGUGGCUUCAAAAGGAGAUUGAUGAUCUUGAACGAGUGCAUUCUUCAAAUAAGGGGCAGGAGCAAAAGCUUUUGGAUGAAAUUGAUCGGCUUAAAAAAGAACUGCGUGAUUGUGAUGAAAACAUAAAUAAACGUAAAUCAGAUAUUACUGUUUUCGAAUCUGGCAUUGCUGAGUCCUUUAAAGGGCUUAAUCAUUUCAAAUUGGAGAGAGACAAGUUAAAUCUUGAGAGGAAGUCCCUAUGGACAAAGGAGAAUGAAAUUACUGCUGAAAUUGAUAAGCUGAGUGCAGAAGUUGAGAAGGCUGAAAAGAAUCUUGAUCAUGCAAUUCCUGGUGAUGUGAGAAGAGGGCUGAAUUCAGUUAGGAAGAUUUGCAGGGAGUAUAAUAUUUCUGGAGUUCAUGGUCCAAUUAUUGAGUUGCUGAAUUGUGAUGAAAAGUUUUUCACUGCCGUUGAAGUUACGGCAGGAAACAGCUUAUUCCAUGUUGUUGUUGAAAAUGAUGACAAGUCAACCCAGAUAAUUAGACAUCUUAAUUCACAGAAAGGUGGUAGAGUUACAUUUAUUCCGCUUAACAGAGUAAAGGCUCCACGCAUCACUUAACCGCAGAGUUCUGAUGUCAUACCUCUUUUGAAGAAAUUGAAUUUUAAACAUGACUAUACUCCUGCAUUCAGUCAGGUUAGCUUCUGAAAAUUGUUAUAU